AUGGCUGAGAGUGUUGGAUCAAGCGAUCAGGGCUUGGCAAAUGGCCAGUUAUCGACAUGGCACGAUCAGUCCGACAUGCCGCAGCACAAUCAGCAGGUAGGACAAGCGGAUGAAGGAGCAAGUGGAGGCGGUGACAAUGACAGUACAGGCACCCAGCUACGAGCUUCAGUCGUUCAACCUCUGAUAGAAAGGUCUUCUGCUUUAGAUAGUCAAGGCGUUGAUAUCCGGGUAUCUGGAAUGACCAACACUCCUGUCUCAACGGACGUUGCAGAUGCGACAGCAUCAUUCGGCGCAGGCGAGCUCGCUGAAGCCAAUACACAGCCAUCCUCCUCGGACGUGGUCGGCAGCCUGAGCGUUAACAGAAAUCAUGACACUGGCGACAACAGCAACGCGGGCGAGUCAACGAACCAAUUGCCUGGCGAACCAUGCUCUAAAUCCGCUUCACCCAGCAAGAGCGGCGUGACUAUCCUGAUGGCAUCACGCAAGCAGAACAGUGCCUGCGACGCUUGCCGAAGUCGCAAGGUGCGCUGCAAUAGAGAUCCUGGCGAAACCAAGUGCAAACACUGCAAGGCCAAGAACAUUGAUUGCACUACGCUCUACGUACAAUGGGCCACCUCGUCUGCAAAGCGACCCACAAAACGUCCUAGGACCUCGCUGCCGUAUACACCCGAAGAGAAGAAGGAGGCGCUCAAGCCGCCAGAAUUGAUCGACGCUGCCGUGCAGGUGCAAGAUCGCCUGCUCAAUGCGCUCUUCCAAAGAGACACCGAGUACACAGCCGCUGACAACCAGGUCUACGUGUACCAAAACCUGCCGUGCAAUGCGCCACUAUCAACGAGCGGCUACACCACCCGCACAAUCGUACCCGCUUCUUACCUUCCCGGUCCGAAGCCCGCAGCAACCACCGGCGCGGAGCUACAUUUGCUGGACCGACAGCGUAGAGAGGACUUCGUGAACGAUCUGGUCGAGACCUACUUUUCCGUCGUGCAUGCAAGAUUACCUCUGCUGAAUCCUCAGACCUUUCGCAAACGCUACUACGAGCGGAGCCCCGAGCUCGGAGGUCCGCCUUCGGAUAUCAUCCUUGCUCUUGUGAUUGCUUGGGGUGCCAAGUUCAGCGAAAACCCACUCAUUGCUCAGGAUCGCGACGACAGUGCUCAGGAAUUGAGGAAAGCGUGGAACCAGGCCCAAGCGGCGCUUCUCAAAGGAGAGACAGAGAAGGCGAACCAAAUCACCGGCUUCAAGGGCGGCAUCGAACAGCCCAUACUCAACGUGCCACGCGAGUUGAGAGAGCAGGGCAGAAACCGUAUCGCGGAUCAUCUCACCUGGCGAGCUCAAGAUGUGAUGGAUCGAUUGCGUGUCGCUAGGGUGGCAACGCUUGAGAAUGCUCAAGCCUGCUUCCUAAUGGAGCCGCUGCUGCUGCAUCCCUCUGUCUACUUCAACGGCAACCUCAACCUUGCUGGCGACCCGAUCCCGGCCAAACACCGCAGCUUGCUGGCCUAUACCAACGGACACUGGUAUGUCAUUGCCAUCAAGCACAUGCUCGACCUGGGUAUCCACUGCAAGGAGAAGGUCAUGACUAUCCGGGACCCUACUUUGCGCGGCGAGACGCUCUUCACAUGGUGGCUCGCGUGUAUGGCUGACGCGGCGUCCGCCCUCUACUUCCAGCGUCGAUGUCUGAUCACUGCCGACGACUACAACAGUGAUCCACCGGCCGGAGAUUCCGACAACAAGGACGAGGCACCACACCCACUCGGCAGCAUUGAUUCGUAUCUGGCCUUCUUCGGGUCCGCACACGACGCUGUCGUGUUUCAGCGCGACCUCGCUGCACUGUAUUUUGCGCCGCGUAGCCAUAUAGAAGGUGUACGUCUCGAUAGAGUGAUUGGGAUCAUCGAGUCGCUGAAAAAGUGGCGAGUUGAACAUCUUGAAGAAGUAGGCGUUCCUUUGCCGCACUGGCCUCCGCAUUGGGACUAUAUCGAUGCCACUUCGCCCAUCCAUCAAGCUCGUUUUAAGCGUCGCGUCGCGUUGGAGCAAGACGUGCCACGAGACGGGGUGCCUGACCCGGAACAAGUACAGCUCACUCUCGAUAUGAUCCAGGAAGAAGCGCUCAGCAGUGCUUUGCGAAUCGCAGGCCUCACUGAAAUCCUGCGCAGCAACCAAUACCUUCGUCUCGACCCUUGCAAUUCGCUGCAAAGCCUCGAGCAGGCCGCACACAUGCUGAUCCGAUUCCAACGAAGUGAAGUCGACAUCAUCGUCGCCGGGUUCCGACAGUAUGGUCUGUCGUACGAAGACUGUUUCGACAAAGCGGAUCUGAUGGAAGACAUCGCAGCGGCGUACAACGAGCGAGCGAGAGUAGACCCGAGCUUUAUGCCCGGUUCAGCGUUAGGGCUGGCCCUGGAGCGGGAAGCGGCAAGUGCUACUAGCGGUAUUCCCGAGCUGGCGAUUGCCGCUGCUGCGCUGUCGAACGCUGCUGCUUCGGCAAAUGGCGCUGGGGCCACUGGGUAUGACUUCAAUUCGCAGACGGGGCAAUCCACCGUAGAUACUGACGUCAAGGAUGCGACUCACGCGGCUAGCUUUGAUAACAUGUUCACCUCGACCAGUGACGAUCAGCGCGGGGACACCAUCCUGCCUUCUCAUGCAACGUAUUCAGACGGCGUGGCGCAGGGCAAUCCGGAAUAA